UCUAUUUCUAGGAUUGGUGAUCAAGAAGAAGUAGUGAUCCCCUGUGCUUCUGAUGAUUUUGGAAGUGUAGAUUUGGAGCUGAGCAAUUUGAAGGAUAUUAAAAAAGACUCAAGUAGCAUUGAACUUACAGUAUUAGACCUGGACAUCCCUGAUCUCCCUGAACUCCCUCAGGAGUCCUUCACAGAUAGCCCCAGACAUUUGAGCCCCCAGGGGUUCCUCCAUGAAACCAGUGUUGAGAGACUAGUCCAGUCCAUCCAGGAGGUGUUUAGUGGUAAGCUAAAGGAUGAACCUGAAAAGCUGACAUUCCUUAGAUCUUUGUCUUCUCUCAGCGAAACUUUACAUUAUGAUAAAACCACAGAAUCAUUCAUUCAUAGCCACAUAGCAGAUAUAGUGCACAUCCUAAACGUACUGGUGCAAGAGGAGCCUCUGCAUUCUCUGCUCAGCCCUGUGCUCCAGGAGGUCUUUGCCACCAUCACUGUCCUCAGUUACCAAGAUGCCCACUUGCUGUUUGGCUCUGAAGAUCAAGCUGACUUGUUCAGUCUCAUCACCAGAAGGAUAGUCAGUCUGCCCUCUGAAAGGAGUCUUACCCAGCUGGGGGAAACCAUGGGAAGCAGGCCCUCCAACCCAGAGUGUCUCUACAGGCAGACAUUCCAGGCAUUCUGUGAGAUGCUCCAGAGUUUGGUUGUAAAAGACCCUCAUUUGGAAAAAUUUGAUGCCAUUUUUAAGCACAUAGGUCCCUGGUUACAGUCAGUCAAAGACCAUGAGCGGAAAUGGGCCACAGCCAGCAUGGCUCAAGUUCUGAAGUGCUUAUCCAGACAUCUCUGCCUUCAGCUCCCACUGCAAUUCCAAAGCCUUGGACAUCUAGUAGCUCUGAUGGCACUGCUGUGUGGGGACCCACUGAAAGAGGUGGCUGAAGAGGCUGCAGAAUGCAUACACUACCUGUUGCAUGUCACCCUGAGGCUGAAGGGUAAGGCACUGCUUAAGGCAGCAAGGCCCUGA